CAGCCCUCGGGCACUGCAGGGGCUGGAGGCGCUGGGACAAGGAAUUUCCAUUCACUGGUUGCCCUUUUGCAGUAUCUCAGGGCGGUUCUUUCCCCGGGGCGAGUCCAGAGCUGUCAUGGAAAGCUAGGCCAGGGGGUAUAUCACAUGGAAGCACAGGCAGCAGAGGCAGGUAGCUCUCGGUGGCCCUGAGUCAGCAAGAGCUACCAGCUUGUUGGACUGAGCCCUGGGUUGAACAUGAAGGUCUUCUCCUUGGCCCUGCUCACCCUGCUGCUGGUAGCUCUCUGGACUGGAAGCCAGGGUGUAUCCUUCCGCAGCCCCUAUAGUGCUUGCUGCUACAAGGACAUGUUCAUCCGGCAGAAAAUCCCUGCCCUCCUCAUCAAGAGCUACCAGAAGACACCUUCCCACUGCUCCCGCAAGGCCGUGCGCGUGGAGCUGCUGAAGGGGAAGAAGUUCUGUGUGGACCCGAAAGAGGACUGGUUCCGGCAGUACCAGCGGCAGAAGGAGUCAACCCGCACCUCCACGUGAAGCUGCCUUCCCCAUAAGCUUUAUUUAUUUGCAUCCCAUAGUUAUCUGUAUGUUCUUGUUAAGAUAUG